GGAGCUACACAUACACAUGGGCUUCAAACAGUAAAGAACUGAUGUGUACACUCUCUGGAGGGACAUUGGGAAUAAUUUUUUCAGGAGUAUACUGUAACCAUCCAGUCCUUCUUCAACUGCUUUCCCUUGGGUGGGCCUGAAUGAAGACAAAUGUAAAGAUGGCAUGUCCAAGGAAUUUUAAAAGGUGUAGACCUCCUGACUGAGCAGUGCUGUUUUUUAUUCUCUUUAAUUAGUAAACUGCUGUUCUCUCACAGGUGGAAGUCAUGAUCACGCUAACAGAACUCAAAUGCUUAGCAGAUGCCCAGUCAUCCUACCACAUACUAAAACCAUGGUGGGAUGUCUUCUGGUAUUACCUCACCAUGAUAAUGCUGCUAGUUGCUGUACUCGCUGGGGCUCUCCAGCUUACUCAAACCAGAGUAUUGUGUUGUCUUCCUUGCAAGCUAGAAUUUGACAAUCAUUGUGCUGUGCCUUGGGAUUUAGUUAAAGCCAACCUUAACAUGUCAGCUAGCUCGACAGCACCGAUAAUCAUCCCGCUUAAAAUCCAGAAUUAUCUCCAUCGGCAGCAGUAUUCCUACAUUGAUGCAGUAUGUUAUGAGCGACAGCUUCACUGGUUUGCCAAGUUUUUUCCAUACCUAGUGCUUUUGCAUACUUUUAUUUUUGCAGCUUGCAGUAAUUUCUGGCUUUACUAUCCUAGUACAAGUUCCAGGCUUGAGCACUUUGUAGCCGUUCUUCAGAAGUGUUUCGACUCUCCCUGGACAACCCGUGCCCUCUCAGAAACAGUUGCUGAGCAGUCUGCAAGGAAGUUGCCCAUAGCCAAAUCAAAAACAGUGAUUUCAUCACCUCAGUGUUCAGGAGACAUAGGGGCCAGCAGGCAGUCCCUGCCGUAUUCACAACAUGGCUUGGAAACAACUGGAAGAGAAAAUUCAAGUGUUCUUGACAAAAAAGAGGGGGAACAAGCUAAAGCGAUAUUUGAAAAAGUGAAGAAAUUCAGAGUACAUGCUGAAGAAAAGGAUGUUGUAUACACAGUGUAUAUGAAACAGAUUAUAGUGAAAGUCUUUGUAGUUGUCGUAAUAGUAAUUUAUGUCCCCUACUAUUUAUCAUUUAUUACACUUGAAAUUGAUUGUGUAGUUAAUGUUCAAGCCUUUACAGGCUACAAAAGGUACCAAUGUGUUUAUUCGCUGGCAGAAAUUUUUAAAGUUUUGGCUUCAUUUUAUGUUGUUUUAGUGAUCUUCUAUGGAUUAACUUGUACUUACAGUUUGUGGUGGAUGUUAAGAAGUUCACUUAAGCAAUACUCUUUUGAGAAGUUGAGAGAGAAAAGUAAUUACACUGAUAUACCUGAUGUGAAGAAUGACUUUGCAUUUAUUCUUCACUUGGCAGAUCAGUAUGAUCCUCUGUAUUCCCAACGAUUCUCAAUAUUCCUGUCUGAUUUGAGUGAAAAUGAACUCAAACAGAUAAAUCUUAACAAUGAAUGGUCAGUGGAAAAACUGAAAAAUAAACUAAUAAGGAACUCCCAAGACAAGACUGAACUUCACCUUUUCAUGUUAAAUGGUCUUCCAGACAGUGUCUUUGAAUUGACAGAAAUAGAAGUCCUAAGCCUGGAACUUAUUCCUGAAGCCAAACUUCCUUCAGCUGUGACCCAGCUUGUCAAUCUCAAAGAACUCAAUGUUUAUCAUUCAUCACUAACAAUGGAUUAUCCAGCAGUCAACUUCUUAGAAGAAAAUCUGAAAACCUUGCGUUUGAAGUCUAGUGAGAUGGGAAGAAUUCCAUUUUGGGUCUUUCAUCUAAAAAACCUACAAGAAUUGUGCUUAACAGGAUAUUUCAUGCUAGAUCAUCACAACUCCAUAUACAACGAUGGCUUUCAGGGGCUAAAAAAUCUGAGAUCAAUUCACUUAAAAAACAACCUUUCCCGUAUACCUCAAGUGAUUACAGAUCUUCUGCCUUCUUUACAACACUUGUCUAUCAACAAUGAGGGAAAUAAACUGAUAGUGCUAAAUAAUCUGAAGAAACUGGUAAACCUGAGAACCUUGGAACUAAUCUGCUGUGAUUUAGAGCGCAUUCCCCAUUCCAUUUUUACCCUAAACAAUUUGCAUGAAAUUGAUUUAAAAGAAAAUAAUCUCAGAACAGUGGAAGAAAUAAUUAGUUUCCAACAUCUUAAGAACCUUUCUUGCUUAAAAUUGUGGCACAACAGUAUUUCAUAUAUCCCACUGCAGAUCGGUGCAUUAUCAAACCUGGAACAGUUGUAUCUAAAUUAUAAUAAUAUUAAGAAUGUUCCAUUGCAGCUAUUUCUUUGUAGAAAGUUACACUAUUUGGAUCUUAGCUAUAAUAAGCUAACCUCCAUCCCUGAAGAAAUUGGUUAUCUGACCAACCUGCAGUACUUGGCUUUGACAAAAAACCAUAUUGAAAUGCUGCCUGAUGGAUUAUUUCAGUGCAAAAAGCUGCAAUUUCUUCUUCUGGGAAAUAACAGUCUGAUGAAUUUGUCGCCUUUUGUGGGUCAGCUACUGAAUCUUGUUCAGUUAGAGCUCAUUGGAAACUAUCUUGAAUCACUUCCUGCUGAACUGGAAGAAUGUCAGCUCUUAAAACGAAAUAAUCUAAUUGUAGAAGAAAGGUUGUUAAAAACACUUCCACCUCGUGUAAGAGAGCGUUUGCAGGCAAGCUCAGAUAAGUCCUAAGUUUAAAAUGAAACACUGCAUUGUUGUAUUCUACAAGUCCUGCUUAAUAUCUCUAAGGAUCUAUAUAGGUAGAGAGAAGUGAAGGAGAGAGAGCAAUUUAUAAAUCGGUCUUAAACUUUAAUGCAUUGAACUGAGCUGAUUGUAUUGUAAAAGAAAAAUUUACUCAUAUUCAAACAAAAGAUGCAGCAUUUUACAAGCAAACAUGCUUGAAUUUUGGAACAUGAAUUGUUGGUUAGAUUCUACUGAUUGAAGUAAUUCAGCUAAAUAUUUACGGUAGUAUUGAAAAAGAAGAGAUAAUUGCCUGGCUAUAGUGAGAGUGUACAUACUUUUUUCCUAUGAGAAUUUUUUCUCUUCAUAGUGAUGAUUUAAAAUAGUUUUAUCUCCUGCCAUAUGAGGUCUAAGAACUGUAUGGAAGUAGUUUCUAAAUAUGAACUCUUCUCUAACUUAGGAUGUAUUAAAUUAAGAGUUUAAACUAUUUGAGCAGUUUAAUUGCAUGGGAUAUACUGAAAGUAAUUUUUCAACAUAACUUAAUUUUUAAAGGCUUUUGACAAGUACUAAGCAUUAAUUCUAUAAUUGUGGAAGAUGCCAUUUGAAUCUUGCUAUUAAAUACCUAGAACUGGUUUCAGCAUUUUGUCUUAAAAAUAGUAAAUACAAAAUUAAUUGUAGCCUAGAAAUUGGGAGGAAUCAGAAGAAUCUGAAGUAACUGUUGUACACAUGUCCUAGAGAACCAAUCUUACAUUACUGAUCUUCAGAAGGAAUGAUGGUAAAAAGAAAACAGAAUAGUUGCAAAGUUGUCUUCUGUAUGUUGUGAGCAUCCCAGGUGUUAGUGUAGUGUAUGUUGCUGAUUAAUAUUUUUAUAACUUCUCAUUACUGACUGCCUCAGUGUAGCUUCUCCACACCCAGUUAUUGGGGAGAGGAUGAAGGAGGUUUGAGGUUUGUAUUAGAUAGGGACAGAAAGAUAAAACAAACUAAAUAAUCACACAGUUUAUAAGCAUUUGGGAGGAAAAGACAGGAAGCAUUAUAAGCUUUGCCUCUUCUAGGGAUGUAAUAAUUUCAUAAAUCAUAGUGGUGGGAUAAACUCUUAUGCCAUCCUUAAUACUUGCAAAACUGGAUGGAAAUAAAAUGUUUCCUGACUUCA